CUUCAAGAUGGCGGCGGCAGCUACCUGCGGCGCGGGCGUCCUCAGCUCUGGGUGUGUGGCACCCGCAGCCGGCCAGAGCGGCACCAGCAGCUUCCAGAGGAGGAGCAAGGCCUCUGGGACUGACGGAGGUGGCCCUCGGCUGCUGUCCAUUGCGGGCACGCGACCGUCGGUGCGGAAUGGACAGCUGCUGGUGUCAACCGGGCUCCCAGCCCUGGACCAGCUCUUAGGUGGAGGUUUAGCUGUUGGAACAGUUCUUCUGAUUGAAGAAGAUAAAUACAAUACUUAUUCGCCUUUGCUCUUCAAGUAUUUCCUGGCAGAAGGAAUCGUCAAUGGGCAUACUCUGUUGGUUGCAUCUGCCAAAGAAAAGCCUGCUGACAUUUUACAGGAACUCCCUGCACCACAACUUGAUGAUAAUGGUAAAAAAGAGCUUGAUGAUGCACAUAAUUCUCAAACACCAGACGCAGAUGUUAACAUGAAAAUAGCCUGGCGAUACCAGUUUCUACCCAAGAUGCAGGUUGGACCAGUGUCAUCUUCACGAUUUGGUCACUAUUAUGAUGUAUCAAAAAGGAUUUCUCAGGAGCUUCUAGGGAGUUCAAAAUGGCAUGGAUUCUUCCUUCCAGAACACAUAACUUCAGAACUUAAGGGAGAAUCCUGUUCUUUGUCCCGAGGCUAUAUGAAGCUGCUUCAGUUCAUCCAGAAUGUCAUUUAUACUGAAGGAUUUGAUGGUUCUAAUCCCCAGAAAAAACAGAAAAACAUUUUAAGAAUAGGAAUUCAGAACCUUGGCUCACCGUUAUGGGGAGAUGACAUUUGCUGUACAGAAAACUGUGACAACAGUCUCAGGCUUACCAAGUUCCUCUACGUUCUCCGUGGCCUUCUAAGAACCUCACUGUCAGCCUGUAUCAUCACAAUGCCAACGCAUCUGAUCCAGAAUAGAGCAAUUACUACUCGUGUGAGAAAUUUGUCAGAUACAGUAGUUGGUCUGGAAUCUUUUAUUGGUUCAGAGAGCGAAACCAACCCAUUAUAUAAGGAUUAUCAUGGUUUGAUCCAUAUACGGAAGAUUCCUCGGCUUAAUAAUUUGACUUGUGAUGAAUCGGAUGUCAAAGACUUAGCUUUUAAGUUAAAAAGGAAGCUGUUCACCAUUGAGGAAUGUUACCUUCUGUGUCUUUUCACAUCCUCGCGACUGCAUUUGCCUCCAGACUUGUCAGACACAGUGAGCCGUUCAAGCAAACAGGAUCUGGCAGACUCCGCCACGCUGCUGGGCCCAGGCUGUGGCAUGAUGGCCGGAGGCAAGAAGCACCUGGACUUCUAGGGAAUCCUCCUUAGUAACUGCAUGCGGAAUUAUCUGACACCCUAAUUAUGAUUGCAAAUAGCUUAUGUAAAUAUUUUUCUUAAUGAUUUGACCCUCCAGUCUUUGAAAAACAUGGGAUUUCAAACGGAGUCACCGUUCUUCAGUUUGGGUUGUUUCAUUGUUUGUUUUUUCCACCAAAUUUUGUACAAAAACAAUAGAGCAGAAAUACCAUCAUUUGACAUUUAGCUGCUGUUGUGUAUUUUAAAAUACUAAUUAAUUUUUAAAUAAACACCAAAAAAAUUCCCCAAAAUAUGAUGUGCCUUAGAGUGGUCAUUGGUUCAUGUGGACUGGAGCGAUGGAGUGAUGGUGUCAUGAAUGAUGGUGACAGACAUGCUCACCCACAGAGUAUAGAACAGGAAUUCAAGUUGUGUGGGAUACAUUGCUCUGUGUUUCUGAAGAAGUCACCAAAAACUGCUAAGCCUUUUUUAAAGAAUGUUCUGUUUGCAUUUGUGCAUCCUGCUAUUUCAAGUGAUGAAGACCAAACAGCCGUAUUUGGGGGAUUUUGUCUUAAUUAGCCCACACAAUAGUACACACAGAGCCUGAUGGACUGCACAAAAAUAGCUGGGUGGACUGCUGUUCUAAAGUUCUAAAUAAUUGACAUCAGUUCUGUGAAAUUAUUUCAACAGACAGAAUUCAAGAUUGAAAUUCAAGCUGGCAGCUCCACUAAUGCUGGGGUCCCAAAGAUGUGUCCUGAAGCCCGGUGAGCAGGUUACAGAACGAGGGUCUAAGACACGUGAAAACCUGAAAGGAACUCAGACUUCCAUUGUGUCACCUCAACCCGUUGUUGACCACGAGCAUUGGCUGAGCAUGCUAAUGAAUCUCUAACCAUGUAACAUGUCUUGGGAACACAGCAUAUGGAACAAGUUUUCAUAGCACGCACUAGGGUUUGGUGUCAUAGGUCCAUAUUUUUGAAGGGUUUGACAAAUCAUAGGUACAAAGUGAAAGUUAAAAGGCAACUUGCAUGUAUUUAAAGACUCAAGUUUUUUAAAAAGAUGUUUAACAUCUGUUGGCAGAAAUCGAGUUUCCAAAAUACAUUUUCAAAUAAAUUAGAAUAUUUUGAAGCACCUUUAACUAACAUUUUAAGCAGUUUCCUUUUAAUAUACCACAAAUUAUACUCUAUUUGCUCUUGACAACAUUGUAGAAAACAAAGACUAGGUUUUUAAAACUGUCUAACCAAUAUGAUGAAUGUCAGUCACUUAAAAAAAAAAGCCCACUGUAGCAUAAACACACACUGUAUACAGCUCUUAUUCAGAAUUAGAAUAAUUGAAUCAAUGACAGUGAUUUGCCAGGAUGUCAAAUCUCUCCAUCAUACCCUGUCACUACCAGUUUAUUUUUUGUGAUAAAAUCAAAAAGACAACUAUUUUGUCACCACGACUUCAUUAGCACUAAAAAAAAAUCAAGUUGAUUCUUUUUUUUUUUUUUUUUUAGAAUGUCUGGUUUAUUUUUUUCAUACCUUUUAAUUCUAAAGACGCAAAUUCUUCCCCAUUUUCUUUUCAAAAUAAAGUUUCAGAAUUGAUCUGUCAGUUAAAAUUAAAGGGCUUUUAUAUUGAGGAGAGGUACUUUUAAGAUUUAAAACAACUUCAAAAAAUUGAUUUCCUCCCUAGAUAAUAAAUCAUGCUGCACAGGUGUCCACAAAAGCCCAGCUGUCCUUUAACAGAUAGUGAAUAAACUGAAGUGAAUGUUUGAUUGUUAUAAUAACUAACCUUUCUCUUACCCUGUUGUGACUCAUUUUACACAAACACACAACAGCACAAUUAUAUGGCUUUUGACUGGAAAGAAAGUGUGAAGCCAUCAGAUAAGUAAAUUGCUUACAAAAUACUUAAUAGAUCAUUGGUUUGCUUUGCUUCUUGGCUAUAGCUAUAAAAUUAACAGUCAACUACUAGUAGAUAUGCACUUUACAAAUAGAUAAAUGCCCUAGAAAUUGAGUAAGCAUAUUUGAACCCUUAGUUUAAACAGAAAUUAAACUUUUCAAACUCUUAAAUAAAUAGAGUAGCUGGCUUUCCAAAAAUACUACAUCCACCACUUUGUUUCUCAGAUUUCCUCAGCAUAUUUUAAUAAUAAUAAUAAUAAUGAUGAUGGUGAUGAUGAUAAAGCUACUGAUAUUGGAAAGAGAUGUAUGGUGCUAUUUUCUUUUGUUUUCCUCUGAUAAAAACCCAUUCUAAAAAUAUGUCUUUCUUCAUCUGGAAAUUAUUCUCUAUUACCCCAAUAACUUCCUACAUGAAACUAUUGUUUUUCAAAUGCUAACAUAUAAUAUAUCUCUAUAUAUUAUAUGCUACUGUAUAUAUGCAUGUACUUCUAAUGUAUUAUGAAAUGUAUACUCUAUUCAUAGAUUUUUACUUGUCUGGAAUAUAAAUACUUAACAUUGUCAAAUAGAAUAUCUGUAAUAUCUCUAUAUCUUUUCAAUGUUUCCAGUGCGUGAACCCCAAAGCCCUUUGUGGUAGUCCUAAUCCUUGUGCUAGAUCUGCCUUUCUUUAACAUGAGGUCAAUAUUUUGACUCCUGUAGAUUGCUCAGGUAUAGGGCUCUGAGACUCUCUGGAUUUCUUGUUAAUAGCCACUGAAUGAGAUCACUUUUCUUAUCUUGUUUUCAUUUUUCUUAUCUUGUUUUUUACUUAUUUUUUAGCACUAUGCCCAGGACUUUCCUGUACUAACACCAGAACAGAUGAAAAUGCUUCAAAAGCAAGGGGUAUUCUGCUGUUGAUUCCCUGUCUUUUCAUUUCAAUGAAUGGGACAUACGCAUACACCUACAGCAAGGGUGUGUGGGGAAACCCAUAUCGAUUAAGACCAUUAUUAAUGUCAUCUCUAAGACAUCAUGUUACUAUGUUCCGAAGAUAGUCACCAUUAGCAGUAUUCGAAUUAAGCAAUAUAAACUCUAAAGAUUUACACUUUGAACUUGAAAUAUGAGCAGUUUAGUCAUGUAUGACCAAGGCCAAAAAAAAGUUAUUGAAAAUCAGAAUAAUGUGUAUUUGCCAUCAAUCAAAUCAAUAUAGAGACUACCUCCUCAAGAAAAAGACACUUUUUCUGGAGAGCAUUAAGGCCCAGAACACGAAGACAUGAAUGGAGAUGAUCAGUGCUAUCCUGUGACAGCAAAUGCUUGCAGAACAAAGCUAAGUGUUAAUACCAUAGAUGUAAUUUUUAGGAAACCCAAUGAUCUUUCAUUUAAGCAGGAAGAGGAGAUGAUGUAAGCACCGUUGAGAAGCCAGUUGUUCACCACCAUGUAAGAGUUGUUGGAAGGUACAGCUUUGGGGGAGGGGAAAUCCUUGGAAUUUCAUCGAAGUACAAAGCAAAGUUGUUUUCACCUACAGCAAUGGUUCUCAACAUGUGGGUCGAGACCACUUUGGAAGUUGAAUGACCCUUUCACAGGGUUCAUUCCUGCAUAUCAGAUAUUUAUAUUGCAAUUCGUAACAGCAGCAAAUUACAGUGAUGAUAGAGUAACAGCCAUAAUAAAAUUAUGGCUAGGGAUGGGUCACCACAACCUGAGGAACUGUAUUGAAGGGUCGCAGCAUUAGGAAGGUUGAAAACCACUCAUCUAGAGUGAUUGAACUCUCCAUUCACCUGAUGUCCCUAAGUCAGUCAAACCUUGAGAUAAAAUGUAAGCUGUUUGCACAGAGGAUGUCAUAAAACUUGGUCUUUGUCCUGGAAAAUGGCACUAAAACAUCUCUGCAGAUUUUCCAUUGCCAAAUCUAUAAAUAUACCUGUCAGUGAAUCAACAAAUGAAAAUGAUUACUGGGAGUUAAAAGCCAAUUCCCGGGCACUGGGACCACACAGCCUAGGAUACAGACAGCUAGCUCAUCUCUCUAGGGUGCAUGCGGGCAGAAGGCAAGGCUGUUCUUAUCCUGUUCAACUAGAGGCUUCCACAGCUGAGCAUCCCCCCUUCAGGAUCUGCCAGGCUGGGCCACUGCGCCCUGGCAGUCUUGACCCUCUGAGGACUUGUAUACGUGCCCAACUGCACACAUCCAGACCCUCAGUUCUCACAGCACUCUCAGAUCUUACACCCAGAAUUCCAUGUGCUGUUGUUCUCUGUAGUCUGUGUGCUCUACUCAGCAGAGCCAUGGGCCAGCCCGGGCUGCCUGACCCCAGCCAAAAUCACAGCCACUUGGAAACUGCUCUUUUUUUUUUUUUCUGAGGAAGAAGUAAGGCAGCCAGCAGUGGCUGCAACAUAGCCCUUUUCUGACAGUUCCCUCAGCACACAUCCCUCAGGGAAUGGAGGCUGCAAAAUGUCAGGAGGUGGAAAUGUCUACAAGGGCCAUUGUACCAAUAGUGUAUAUAUAGGUGCCAGCAGGCAGUGCAGGCUGACAUGGACAGUGACCAAAAGCACACACACAAAAAUGGCAAGCCAGUUAGAAUGGCCUCUCCAAACAUAAAGUAACUCUGCUAGACUAAAACCGAUAGACCUAAGUGACCUGUCUGGAAGUAAGACCUUAAGUACCAAAUGAGAGAUGUUGAACUGCAGGGUCAUAUUGAAAUCCUCAAAUCAUUUAUUUCUUAUCAUUUGCCUUUGGGGGUUAAAAAAAAAAUCAGAGUUCAAAUCCAUGGAAGUGUCUUUUCCCCCAGACAUUUCUCCAUGUUUAAAUAUUUUUAAUCCAGACGGUCAGGGCCCACACACGCACACAUUUUUCACUGAAGUUUACUGGAGAAAAUACAUCUACUUUGACUUAAGUGUUGCACAGAACAGACAGAAAAUAACAGGCAGGCCUUUCUCUAACCAACAAAGGCUUAUCUCGUUUUUUUCCAUCCACUGUUGGGCUCAGGCACUCCUGCCCUGCGUGCUGCCACUUUAAGCAUGAUCAGAUCUGUGCUCCUUUGCAAAUAACAACUGACCAACAAUGGGCCCUGCUUCGUAGAUUUGGGAAUGUUUGGCUUAAGCUGCCAGUGACUGAAGGCCUUGAACUCCCACCGGCCAGUCGCAGUCUGCUUUGUUGUUGUCUGUUGAUGUGUCUGUGCUCAUUAUUCCUCGACAUGCAACAGUCCCCCUCCACCCUCCAACCAUCCACAGAGGCACAGAAAGCACGACUCAGAUGGGAACAGCUUUGUAGGGGGGCAGUGAGACAGGAUGCCUCUUGUGAAAGGGGAGGGAGACAGGACAGGGAGAAGGGUUAUCUGAGAGAGGCAACAGCUUGUAGAAAGUCUCCUUGAAGAACUCAACCUUUGAAUAUACUUCAGUGAAAUUACUGUGGAGAUUGGCUGCCCAGUUUGAAAAUGCCAGCUUCAAUUCAAAACAAAACUCCUAGUGAAUCACUUGUUGCGUUUUUUUAAAAUUAUUUCUACACUUUGAGCUUUUAAAUGAAAUAAAUGGAUAAACUGGAAAUAUUGCCAUUUUUCUGCACAUGUUGUGGGAUGCAAGUCCACACAACUGUAAGUGAUUUUUCUUUCCCCUGAUACGUUGCCAACUUCUGAUGUCUGUAAAACAUCAGGCUAUAAAAUGGAGUGUGUGUGAACCUAAGCAUUGAUUUAGGAUGUUAACCUAAUGGGAAAACAAAAUUUGUAACACCACACUAUAAGGUUAAAAAGAAAAUAGUGUAAUAAAGAAAAUACAAAGGC